AUCCUCAACUUCAGAGCCUGGACUGCCAACAAUCAACCCAAAAUGGACAGCAAGAUUAUCUGUUUGAUGCUUCUGCUGGGAUUGUAUGGAGGAACAGCUGUACAAGCUCGUAAUUGUAACAUAACUACUACUGCUCCACCUACAACUACUCCUACCUCAACUACAACCUUAGGUGUACUUAUAUCACCUAACCCUGAUACAACUACACCUCCCCCUACUACAACUAUACCUGACACUGAUACAUUUACAACUGUCUCUACUACAACAAUUGAAACUACAAUGACAGCUCCACCAUCAACCACACCAUGUAAACCGUUCACCAGCACUGAGCUGGCGGGGGAGGAACUUACAAGGCUCUUUAACUCACCUGUGUACAAAGCUGAGUGGAUGGUGAGGCCCCUGGACGACCUGCCAGUCAUCAUAGGACCCAUCUCCCACACUGGAGUCAGGGUGACGUUGUGUGACGGCUCACAGUGGCUCAUUCACAAAGGGCCUGGUUAUGGCAAAGACUCUGAAACAGUAGUGACCAGUGCCACACACAUGUCUGACAGGUGGAAGACAUUAUGCACCAAGGAUUUCAAGGGAAAAAAGACAGUGUCUGAAUUGAUGAAUGCAGCUGGAACCACAUACAAUUUACUGUUUAACUGCCAUGUCGCAUCCAUAACAAUCAUGUUUCAAUGAUGUGACUCAUGCUGUGUCCAUUCUUUAACGCCCCCAUACUACAAUAUUCUCUGAUCUACUAUAUGUUAUAAUGUGGUUUCCUCAUUAAAAUACUUACAAAUACAGAC